AAUACGAUGCUAUCCCUCGUCCUCUUCCUCGGUCCCCAAACGAGCUCUCACAUGGCUCCGGCACUCGAGGCCAGAUCGCCGGUCACGGAGUUGCAGGUCCGGAUGGACUGCGGCGGCUGCGUGCGCAAGAUCAAGAAGGCAGUGCACAGCGUCCAUGGAGUGCAUGACAUCCACGUAGACUUCGCCCGGCAGAAGCUGACGGUGGUGGGGAGUGCUGAUCCGGAGAUGGUGGUGAAGGCCAUCAAGAAGGCGGGGAAGUUCGCCACCAUCUGCUCCCACUCGGAACCAGCUGCCGAGCCCGGCGGGUCCGAGCCGGCGGUCGACGCUGCUGACCAGCCUCCAAGCGAGUCUCCUCCGGAAACACCGGAAGAGCCACCUAAAGAUGCUCCCCAAGUGACCCCAUCCGCGGAUGCCAAAGACGAAGCAGCAGAACCAGAAGGCGCGGCGGAGAUCCAUAUGGUGCAUCACUACCCGUACAGCUUCGACCACAGGGAGCAGUGGAGCCAUGACCCCUCGGGCGCGCAUGAGAUCAGAUACGAGGAGCCUUUUGUCAUGCACAGCUACGGUACCAGCAGCGGCCAUAGGCCGCAUCCUUACGUAUCAGCUGCACGAGACAUGAGGUACGGCAGCGGAGAUGGAAGCCAGAUUGCCACUAUGUUCAGUGACGAGAACCCAAAUGCCUGCACCAUAAUCUGAGGUCGCAGAAGAAUGAACGACAAGAACGAUUCAGAAUCCAAAGACAGCAAAGAAGUUGGCUCAAAACCAUGUAAACUAAGAACAUAUAUUUGAGUAUCGAGGACAAGAAGAGAUGCUCAGUUCGUCCUGGAACAAAAAGUAUGACGUUAUUGGUGAGAUAAGAACUAAAUUGACUUCAUAAUAACCAGUAAUAUAUUGAAGCGAUGUGAAUUGCUA